CCCUGGACCAGGAGCAAGUUUGGAUGGUCCUGUGGGAUGUACUGAUCUCUCCUGGUUUACACAAGCUUUCUACCUCCUUGAACCUUGAGUUUGACAGAUGGGAAGUUCGGUGGAGAACUCGCUCGCAGCAAGGUCAUGGCUUCUGGCUUCUCGGACCUGAGGCUCCAGCGGAGGAAAUGACUGGCAGGGAUCUUGCUCCACGCCUGUUACGGAGACUGAACCUUCGCAGGGCACGAACUUGCCCAGCACAGGAACAUCUCUCUCUUUGAAGGGCUUUACAGUUGCCACAAAGACCGUAAAGAUGGCGACUUCAUCUAUCAGACGGCAAAUGAAAAAUAUUGUGAACAAUUACUCGGAAGCUGAAAUAAAAGUGCGGGAAGCCACCUCCAAUGACCCGUGGGGCCCGUCCAGCUCCCUGAUGACCGAGAUCGCCGACCUGACCUACAACGUGGUGGCCUUCUCGGAGAUCAUGAGCAUGGUUUGGAAACGCCUCAACGACCACGGCAAGAACUGGCGGCACGUGUACAAGGCGCUCACGCUGCUGGACUACCUCAUCAAGACGGGCUCCGAGCGCGUGGCCCAGCAGUGCCGGGAGAACAUCUUUGCCAUCCAGACGCUGAAGGACUUCCAGUACAUCGACCGAGACGGCAAGGACCAGGGCAUCAACGUGCGUGAGAAGUCCAAGCAGCUGGUGGCCCUUCUCAAGGACGAGGAGCGGCUGAAGGCUGAGAGGGCCCAGGCUCUCAAAACCAAAGAGCGCAUGGCCCAGGUCGCCACGGGCAUGGGCAGCAACCAGAUCACCUUUGGCCGCGGCUCCAGCCAGCCCAACCUCUCCACCAGCUACUCGGAGCAGGAGUACGGCAAGGCCGGGGGGUCGCCAGCUUCCUACCACGGCUCGCCCGAGGCCUCGCUGUGUCCCCAGCACCGCGCAGGGGCCCCGCUGGGUCAGAGCGAGGAGCUGCAGCCGCUGAGCCAGCGCCACCCCUUCCUGCCGCACCUGGGGCUGGCCUCCCGCCCAAAUGGCGACUGGUCCCAGCCCUGCCUCACUUGUGACCGCGCAGCCCGAGCCACUUCCCCGAGGGUGUCCUCCGAGCUGGAGCAGGCCCGGCCGCAGACGAGCGGAGAGGAAGAGCUACAGCUUCAGUUGGCACUUGCCAUGAGCCGAGAAGUAGCUGAGCAGGUUGGUGCCAGGCAGGAAGAACGCCUCAGGCGGGGUGACGACCUCAGAUUACAGAUGGCCCUAGAAGAAAGCCGAAGAGACACGGUUAAGGUUCCAAAAAAGAAGGAGCAUGGCUCCCACCCACAGCAGACCACUCUGUUGGAUUUAAUGGACGCCCUCCCCAGCUCAGGCCCUGCUGCCCAGAAAGCAGAGCCCUGGGGCCGGUCAGCCUCAGCUAACCAGACAAACCCUUGGGGCGGGCCGGCGGCCCCAGCCAGCACUUCAGACCCCUGGCCACCGUUCGGUGCCAAGCCAGCUGCCUCCGUGGACCCGUGGGGCGUGCCCACUGGCAGCAGCACACACUCCGGGCCCAAGGGCUCAGACCCCUGGGCGGCCCCGCAACAGGCUGCCCCCAGUGCCGGGAAAACAGCGGAUGCCUGGGCCGCAGCCUCGGCCGCCAAGCCCGUCUCGUCCUCUGGGGCCUUUGAUCUCUUCAGUAAUUUGAAUGGUACAAUUAAAGAUGACUUUUCUGAAUUUGACAACCUCCGGACUUCAAAAAAAACAGCUGAGGCCGUGACCUCGCCACCGUCCCAAAACAACGAAACUACAAGCCCCGACCCCUUUGAGUGCCAGCCCCUGACUGCCGCCUCAAGCAAGCCCAGCAGUGCCCGGAAAACACCCGAGUCCUUCCUGGGCCCCAACGCGGCCCUGGUCAACCUGGACUCGCUGGUGACCAGGCCAGCCCCGCCGGCCCAGUCCCUCAACCCUUUCUUGGCACCAGGUGCAGCCGCCGCCUCUGCCCCGGUCAACCCCUUCCAGGUGAACCAGCCCCAGCCGCUGACGCUGAACCAGCUGCGGGGGAGCCCAGUCCUGGGGACCAGCACGUCCUUUGGGUCUAGCCCAGGUGUGGAGCCCAUGGCUGUGGCCUCCAUGACCUCCACGGCCCCACACCUGGCCCUGGGGGCCAGUGGUUCCUCCCUGACGCCACUGGGCCCCGCCUCGAUGAACAUGGUGGGCAGCGUGGGCAUUCCCCCCUCGGCAGCUCAGGCCGCCGGCACAACCAACCCUUUCCUUCUCUAGUGCCCGGGCCUGGGACCCACCACAGAGCGAAUGCCCAGAGCCUCUGUGCCUGAGGACGCCGAGCAGGGACUCUCGAUUGUGGACUGGUGUCCAAGAGUGGGGGUGGGGGGUGGGGGGGUGUUAGGGCUUCCCGGUCCCGGCUUCCUGAUAAAAGGGUUGUCUUCCCAGCCCCGACCCUCAGACUCGAGCGGCGGCAGGCCUGCUAGACGUCAGACACAGCACGUGGGUCUCCGCGCCUUCCGAGGCCGCCCGCCCGCUGCCCGUGGGAGGGGCCCGACCCGGGCCUGGUCGCCUCUCCGCUUCCUCCCGAGCGCAGAGGUCCUGGUUCUGUAGAUUGGCUCGCUCUCUGGGGCCUGGGAUGAGGCGGGAGGCCUCAGCCUGAGGGCCUCUGGGACGCUGCCUGGCCCAGGGCCUUGGGAUGGCCGCAGCGUCUUUGCCCCCUCCCCCCCCCCCGCCCCCCAGCCCCAGCGACACCCCCAGGCGGUCCCAGGUGUGGACAGAAUGAAGCACUGACUUCAUGAGACGCUGAUCUUUUCGGGGAAGUGGUUGUGCAUAUUUUGUUUUUCUUUGACUCGUGUGUGAGUUCAAAGUAAACACACCACCGUGGAACAACUCUUGAAUUAAAUCCACUAGAGCAAGCUUUAAACUAAUCUGAGCAUAACCCUGCCACUUGGCUGUAUGCUUGUAUACGUUUGCACAUAAUUUGUUUAGUACAGUUUCAUAUUUGAGUUUGCAGAAUUAUCUGAUAGUCUUUUUUUGGCUAAUAUUUUUAUAACGUGGUUCUUAUUUAACUGUCUAGUUUUGAUAGAAUUUACCAGGUCUGGCUGAAUUAAGAUAUUGGCACGUGUCAUGUGAGUGGUUUAAACCCUCUUAUUUAUGGUUUAACUCAAAGAAAAUUUAAAUAGGAAGAGACAAAAAAAAUGCCUUAUAAAAAAAAACUAAAGCGAAUUCUUUAUAGGGAAAAACAUGGGAAUUUGAUUACAUAGGAAAGAUGAUGUUUAUUUAAAAAAAAAAAAACCUGCAACAACAACAAAAACCCAGCCUCCAGUUGCCUUUUCCUUUCUUUUACUCCCUUUUUUGGUGACUUACCAAACGGGUUGACCUGCAGCCUUUUGGGCUAGAUUCAGAGAGAGGCUAUUUUUCUUACUGCUCCACCAACAUCAAGUUAAAGAAAAAAAAAAGAAAAUCUUAACGGAUGAAUGUGACCCACCGGUUUUUAUCAGCCAAUUCCCUUUUGUAACUGAAGGCAUGCACGGAUCAACGAGGACUUCCGCUUCCAGUGGAAAUCUGAAACGGAAGAGGCAUCUUGAAACUUGUGUGUCUGUGAUCUCCUCUGUCUUAAUCCGCACUCAGGGUAAGGAUGGGGAUGGCGUGGAGACGGCAUCUGGGGGCUCCCCAGGGACGGCCUCCAGGCCGAGACGGGUGAGCGGCCAGGGCUGGCCCCGACCCACCCGCCUGCUGACUCCAGACACACACUGCAGACUUCAAAAUAAUCACCUCUUGUUUUGGAGAGGCAGGGAAAAAAAAAAAAAAAAAAAGUCAUUCUCACAUGGAUUUUUAACAAACAGGCCCUAAUAUUACCUCUCUCUCCCAACUUUCUCCUCUCCUCUCGCCCCACCCACCACUAGAAGAAAAGUAUGAAUUCACGAAAGACCAGAAAAGACGCGAAUCUCCCCAGGGAAGGGAACCCCACCCCCCCAUCCUGCGUCCGGUCAGGUCACCUUGCCUGGUGGGCGCCCCAGUCUUGCUUUCCACUGUGGACUUCUCCCCCCUCCCCAGCCCCCCUCCCCCAGACUCCCAAAGGCAGCCGACCCCCUGCUGCUGUUCCUCCGCCCCCUCCCCUCGCCCAGCUCCCGGAGGAAACCUGCCCUGCCCUGGAGGGGAGCAGGCAGCGUUGAGAACAGCCUUCUCCCGCCUCUCCUGUUGCCUGAUUUUCAAAGCUCACCCGUGCUGCUCCCCAAGGCUGUCCCCCUGGAGGAGCCACCGCCGGAGCUCCUCACCGGCCAUGCCUCCGCCAGAGCCGGAGACCUGGGGCUGGACCGCGGGCUCCCGCCCGGUCUGGCCGCCUCCGACCUGGGGGAGGGUGGAGACAGGCUGGGCCCCGGCAGGUCGCUCCCCCGGGGAGGUGCUUUCACUCAUAUGGUGCGAGCCUGGACCCCCGCACAGGCCAGUAGACCAAACCUGACUACUGGGUCAGUGAUUCUUUUAUAACAGUCAAGAGCCCUUCCUGACUUGACUUUGAGGCCCCAACGUUCUAGGCACGGGGCCGCCCAGGCCCCAGAAGACCCCCCCCCCCCCCGCCCCGCCGCCCCAGCCCAGGCCCGUCCCAGGCGCCUUGUCCCUGUCGCCUGCUGCACUGAUCAUGAAGCCACCGGCCACUGCCACCCCUGUAACGCUCCCUCCCGAUGGGCACUGUGGUAGGGGGGUCGCCCAGCCGUUUCCUCAGCCCCAGGGGCCGGUGGCUGGUUUUGAACUUGUGUUGACUAUUGAUACUUAUUUACUGUACAAAUAUAAUUUAUCAUUUGU